AUGGAUCCACUGAAAAAUUUCAGAGCAGAAACGGCGACGUCUUUUGAAAUCGAUAAAGUCAAUCAUCAGUUUCUUCUUGAUGUUAAUCCAUUCAUUUACCUGGCUCGUGAAAUUCAUUAUUUCCAAAUUCCGACUGACAAGUCGGAAGAUCGGUUGAAAAGAGUUCGAGCUCUUGGGUUCACUGUACCAGUUCCAUGGAAUCUGCACCAGUUAAACAGAAAUUCGUUCAUGAAUGAAGCAUCAAAACGGUGGAAUACUCUACUUCCAAAACUGGAGCCUCUUCUCAGAAAAAAUGGAGGACCAAUCCUGAUGGCUCAAAUUGAACACUACUAUAGACUCACCAGAAUAUGUGAUAGAUUGUAUAUUUUGGAUCUCGCGAAUCUGGCGAAGAAAUAUAUUGUAAAUGAUAUUGUACUGUAUUCCGUUGAUGUGUCAAUAAUGCCAUUCAUGAGAUGUGGUCUUGUUCCUGGAAUACUUUCAACUAAUGAAAUGCAACCAAAUAGCGAUGCAAAUGCUAUAACGUUGCUGGCACAAGUGGACCACGAGUCAGUUCGCAAUCCCUACUUGGCAACUACAGGCUUUGGGCAAGCAAGUGAGCGAUUCGUACACCGAAAAAAUCACUUUGAAAACACUGCAAGAUUACAAUAUGAAAAUAACAAACUUCAUGCGAUCACAACCUGUGGGCAACUGAACAUAUCCCGAUACGCUGACCACGCCUAUAUUUAUCUUAAUGGAGAGUUUCAAGGAACAUUAUACGCAAAAAUGGCGGAAAUCCACAACAACACGAUUGAUCUGACCAACUGCAAAUCAGGAUCUAACAAUUUGGAGAUUCUAGUUGAGAUUACUGGAAGAAGCCAUACAAUGUACCCAUCUAUAUCCAAGGGUAUUCAAGAACCAGUAUUUCUCAAUGACAACAUUCUUGUUUCAUGGAAAAGUUGUCAAGUAUCAUUUGAAACCACUGGUUUGAAUGAUGUGGCUAAUUAUGGAAAAAUCUUGAAUCAAAUUCAAAACAUUCAGAAAGUAGACAAUAUAAAACAACCAGCUCUGUUUUAUGGAACAUUAAAUCUUCCUAAUGACCCAGUGGAUACUUAUGUUGAUGCUAGAGGCUGGGGAAAAGUUUUCAUAACUGUGAACAACUACAAUAUUAAUAGAUAUUGGUCAACCGAAGGACCUCAAUUUCAGCUGUUUUCGGGUAACUUUCAAAAAUUAAAAAUAAAAACGUUCAUACUGUUUAGAAAAGAUUCAUCUCCAUCUUUCAAACUAAACACAACUACUAGUCAAUUUUUGCUUGAUGGAGAUCCAUUCACCUAUAUUGCCGGUGAAAUUCACUACUUCCGAAUUCCACACUUAAAAUGGGAUGACCGUCUGAAAAGAGUCCGAGCUCUUGGAUUCAAUGCGAUCACUGUACCUGUGCCGUGGAACUUCCAUCAAUUGUUUCAAGACGAUGAUCCAUUAUGGUCAGGUGAUCAUGACCUAGUGAAGUUCAUCAAGACUGCAAACACGAACGGAUUGUACACUAUUCUUCGAGUUGGACCAUACAUAUCUGCCGAGUGGGACAAUGGAGGUCUUCCAUGGUGGCUCAUCAGAAAUGGCAAAAUCAACAAGUUCCGUAGCAGUGAUGCAGCGUACAUGGCUGAAGUAACCCAAUGGUUCAAACAUCUUCUCCCCAAAAUUGCCCCAUUGUUGAGAAAAAACGCAGGACCUGUUUUGAUGAUUCAAAUUGAGCACUUAUAUGGAUUACUUGGAAUCUGCGAUCAGCUGUAUAUGCUGGACUUAGCCAAUCUCGUCUGGGAACACCUUGGAAAUGAUGUUGUGUUGUUCACCACGGAUGCACCGGUUGUGCAAUUUAUGAGAUGUGGAACGCUGCCCAAUGUGUUACCAACAAUUGAAAUAACACCGACAAAUGUUGAUGGUACGGUGGAAAACUGGUUCAAUUUGCAGAAGGCUUUCAUGCAGGGUGCACCAGCAGUAGCAUCCCAGUUUGUUAUUAAUCCAUACAAGAUGUGGGGAAGAAAUGUGACGGAUCGGUAUGCAAAUAGUGUGAUCAUUCAGACUGCUAAAACUGCAUUUGCUUUAAAUGCCAGUAUCAGUUUCCAUAUGACACACGGUGGAACAACAUUUGGUUUCUGGAAUGGUGCGGUUGAACCGUACCCAGUUACCACUUCCUAUGACUCUUUUGCUCCAAUCUCUGAAAGUGGAGAUGUGAACGAACUGUAUAUUGAUAUUAGAGGAUGGAUAUUGAGUAUUCCUGGAUGGGCGUAUCCACCAACUCCAGUUCCCGCUAACCUUCCACGGACUGCGUACCCAACUGUCCAGCUAACUGUUUUUGAUACAAUCUCUGGUUUCAUUCUCGGCGUCAAUCCAGAAUGUUGGGCUACAAAGGAGACCCCAAGAACAGCAGAAUACAUUCGAGAUGGUUAUGGUUAUGUUUAUUAUAACACUGUAAGCCACUGUAAGUCCAUCAUUGAAUGUGGUCAGUUAUAUAUUCCAACGUUUUCUGACAACGCAUAUGUCUUUUUGAACCAAAAUUUUGUGGGUGCUUUGUAUAAACAAUUUAAUUCAAUUCACAACAACACAAUUGACGUUCAAGGCUGUUUGGAUCAGUUCAACUCACUGGAAAUCAUUGUUGAAAUCACUGGAAGACCUCACAAUUACUAUCCUGAUAUGUCAAGAGGAAUUCAAGGAAACGUUUACAUGCACAAUAUAACUCUUGAAAACUGGGAGAGUUGCGUUGUUCCAAUUGAUACCUAUGAAGUGAGCAUGGUGGAGGAGAACUAUGAAAAGCUACAAAGGCAUAUUGAAGAGAAUAUGGAUUUGCAAAAAUCAAAAUCCGCUGUGACCACUAACCCUUCCGUCUUCAUUGGGAACCUACAUAUUUCUGGCGCUCCCGCUGACACGUUUUUGGACACCAGAGGUUGGGGUAAAGGAGUAGUUACCAUCAACCAGUACAAUAUUGGAAGAUAUUGGGCGUCUGUUGGUCCACAGCAAACUCUUUUCGUCCCAUCUGAGUUUUUGCACAAAGGAACCAAUCUGAUUAUGUUCUACGAGUUUGAAGGAGCAACUACCGCAUGCACUACAACAUCAUGCACUGCUAAAUUCACCAAUGUUCCUAUUUUUGAUUAUUAA